UCCGCCCCGCCGCGUGAGGCGGGCGCGCGCCUGGACCGAGCGAGCCACCGCGCCGUGGCGACCGCGCCGCCGCGGGGGGCGAUGUUUGUGGCGCGCAGCAUCGCGGCGGAUCACCGCGACCUCAUCCACGAUGUCUCCUUCGACUUCCACGGCCGGCGCAUGGCGACCUGCUCCAGCGAUCAGAGCGUUAAAGUCUGGGAUAAAAGUGAAAAUGGGGAUUGGCAUUGCACUGCCAGCUGGAAGACGCAUAGUGGAUCUGUAUGGCGUGUGACAUGGGCCCAUCCUGAAUUUGGGCAGGUCCUGGCUUCCUGCUCUUUUGAUAGAACAGCAGCGGUGUGGGAAGAAAUAGUAGGAGAGUCAAAUGAUAAACUCCGAGGCCAGAGUCACUGGGUAAAGAGGACCACUCUAGUAGACAGUAGGACAUCCGUUACAGAUGUGAAGUUUGCUCCCAAGCAUAUGGGUCUUAUGUUAGCAACCUGUUCAGCAGAUGGAGUUGUAAGGAUUUAUGAAGCUCCAGAUGUGAUGAAUCUCAGUCAGUGGUCACUGCAGCAUGAAAUCUCAUGCAAGCUAAGCUGCAGUUGUAUUUCUUGGAAUCCUUCAAGCUCUCGAGCACAUUCUCCAAUGAUAGCUGUAGGAAGUGAUGACAACAGUCCAAAUAUAUUGGCUAAGGUUCAAAUUUAUGAAUAUAAUGAAAAUACCAGGAAAUACGCAAAAGCGGAAGCUCUGAUGACAGUCACAGAUCCUGUACAUGAUAUUGCAUUUGCUCCAAAUCUGGGAAGAUCCUUCCACAUCUUAGCUGUAGCAACCAAAGAUGUACGAAUUUUCACACUAAAACCUCUAAGGAAAGAAUUGACUUCAUCUGGAGGAUUAACAAAAUUUGAAAUUCAUAUUGUGGCACAGUUUGAUAAUCACAACUCCCAGGUGUGGCGAGUGAGCUGGAAUAUCACAGGCACAGUGCUUGCCUCCUCUGGUGAUGAUGGCUGUGUUAGGCUCUGGAAGGCUAAUUACAUGGACAACUGGAAGUGUACUGGUAUACUGAAAGGUAACGGGAGUCCGGUGAAUGGUAGUUCUCAGCAGGGAAUUUUUAAUGCCUCUCUAGGUUCAGCCAAUACAAGUCUACAGAAUUCACUAAAUGGAUCAUCUGCCAGCAGAAAGCAGAGCUGAUACCAAGCUAACUGGAGUAACUUUGGUGUUUUGCUGCUUGUUGCAUGCACACAGGAAUGGAAAACGAACUCCUUUUUCCCCUCCCCAACGCCGUUUGACCUCUCCCAAGACACCAGCAGCCUGCUAACUACUAAAUGCCAUUCAGAAAGCCUUUUUAAAACACGUUGUGUACGUUUUUUGUACUAGCCUGCACAGUUUGAUACUGUUGGAACUCCUGAUAGAAAAAUACUUGGAGAGGCUUCUUGUUUGGAAAAAAAAAAACCACAAACAAACAACCCAAGCCCUAAAACUUCCAUCAAAAGAUUAUUUUUUUUUGUAAGCUUGUCAAAUUGAAAGACUAGUUCAUGACUAAAAAUGAGAAUUUUUGUCCUUGAUUGGGAUGGGAGGAUGGAAGUGACCACUGAAAUAUUUUUCAUUUAAUUGUUUGGGUAACUAAUUUGUUUUGCAUUUCAUAGUGUUCAGCAUUUGAUUAAGAUUCCUGAACAUCACAAGUUUGUAACUCCUUUGUAAUAUAUGAAACUGUUAGUUUUAAAAGAAUAAGAAAACUGUGUUUUGACAAUUGUACAGAUGAUAGCUUUUAAGAGUUUGGUAUUGCUUCAUUUAUACCUUAGUCUGACUUCAAAGAAAUGUUUUGUAAGAACUAUUAUACUUUCUUCAUCCUAAGAGAAGUUGCUUUUUCUGAUAUGUACUUGUAUAUUCCUAUGGUAAUAAUUCCAUGGAGGACUAAAAUUCUCUAAGUAUAGUAUCCUAGAAAAUGCAAACACUUGAGCCAUACAAAGUUUUAAACCAAAAUGCAGCUUGUUGUGAAUUGCCCCAUAAUUUCCUUAGUUGUAUAGCUGUUCCUUUAUGUAAGUCCACAGAACUGUAAACAAGACAGAAAUAAUCUGUAGGUAUCUGAUAUAGUUAUACUAAAAUGUACAAGUAUUACGGGUAAGUUCUAAUGCAGAAAAAUGACAAAAAAUGGCAUAAUUCCGAGUCUUGCAUUCACCAGGAAUCUUAAAUUUACUCUGAGGAUAAAAUGUAAAUACAUAAAAAGACUGCAUUUCAUUGAAAGUAGUUAUUCUCUGUAAAAUGUAUAUUAUUAAAUUGAAAGUAUUGUAAAAACAACAAUGUUUUUACGUCUAUUCUAGAAGUGCUGUGAAGUUAAUCUGAAUUAGAUGCAUAUGCAGAAAAUGUACUUGGAUUAUAUUUAAUGUAUAUUUUGUCGCAAAUGAAGCGUUACUAAAAGCUGUGUUAACAAAUCACAGGAAUUCUGGGAGAAUGAAAGCCUGUUAAUAGCUGUGCUACAACAUCCUUUUCAUUUCCAAAGCAAUCUGUUCUUUUGUAAAAAUGUAUACUAGGAUUAUUAUUAUGGUAUUCUUUUCUAUGAACUUCAGUGGAAAAGACUGUGUUACUUUCCUUUAAAGAACAGUUUCCAGAUUUGUCUUGUUUUGAAUUACAAGCCCUGAUUUCUGCUAUUAUGUUCUAUUGGUUUUGGCAUGGAUAUACUAAAGCCUUUUUUUUUUUUUCCAGCAUGUCUUUUCUCCCCUUUGGUUCUCCUUGUAUUUACUACCUUUCUCUUUUUCUUUUUUUUAUUUUGGUUUUUUUUUGUUUUGUUUUAUUUUGAUUUGGUUUUUUUUUUUGUUUUGGUGUUUUGUUCCUUUCUUAAUUG